UAGAAGGAACUAGUUAGUUCAGGUUAAUCCAUCUAACUCGUUGUAUUUCGUCUUUGUAUAAGCAAAGGAAAACAACGAGACAGAGACAAUUCCCUCUGCAAACUCUAUGUCCCUGUUUCUUAAAAACCCACUUGUUUUUUUGCCCCUAAAUUCCCAUAAAGUCCCAAACUUUCUCUCUGUGAAUUCAUACUUCCAUUGCUCUCUGAUCCAAAUUUCCGUGUCAAGAUUUAAUCUUUCUCUCUCUAGAGAUCAUGGAGAAAGUAGAGAAGGCACCAAACGAUCCAGAGAGUGAAGAAACUGAAGCCAUUGAGCUUAUCCUCUAUCAAGUCUCUGAAUGCUAUGUAUAUCUGAUACCACCCAGGAAAAGUGCUGCUUCUUACAGGGCUGAUGAAUGGGAUGUCAACAAAUGGGCCUGGGAAGGGACUUUGAAAGUCAUUAGCAAGGGUGAAGAGUGCAUUAUCAGACUUGAAGAUAAAACCACAGGUGAAUUAUAUGCGCGGGCAUUUUUGAGAAAGGGGGAGCUACAUCCAGUGGAACCUGUAAUUGAUAGCAGCAGAUAUUUUGUUCUGCGGAUAGAGGAAAAUAUAGGUGGUCGCCUUAGGCAUGCAUUUAUUGGCAUAGGAUUUAGAGAAAGAACAGAAGCUUAUGAUUUCCAGGCGGCGCUGCAUGAUCACAUGAAAUAUCUGGACAAGAAGAAAACUGCGGAAGAGAUGGAACAGCAUUUUCAGGAAACUUCCUCGGUUGAUUACAGUUUAAAAGAAGGGGAAACUCUUGUACUCCAAAUGAAAAACAAACCUAGAGGUAGUGUGAGGUCCAAGUUUUUCGAGCAGGGUCUGAACAAUCUGUCAUUGGAGGGGAAGAGCGAUGGAAAAGAACCCUUGCUUAGCAUCAGACCGCCUCCGCCUCCCCCAGCACCACUUUCACCCGCUACAAGUGUACAGAAUUCUCCAUCAAACUUGCCACAAAAAAUUACUCUUGAUGGAAAUUCUACUGAAAAAUCCCCCAACUUGGCAAAGGAUGAAGCAGAACACCAGCAUUUUCCUGACAAUGAAAGCUCACAAGAUAUACAAGAUGAUGAUUUCGGAGAUUUUCAAGCAGCUGGGUGAUGAGGACUAGAAAUUGACAUUUAUAAUCAAAUCCCUCAACCUCCUUUCUUGCUUUUGUGGGAUUGGAGUUCUCAAGGGCUUAGAUAGAGAUCCAACUAUGAGAUUUUGAUUACCAUGUUCUGUGAAAUAUCCAGUAAAUAUUACGAAAAGUGGAUUUACCCUUCCGACCGCAUAACGCUGCUGAGAUUGAUUUACCUUUUUCGCCAGCAGAUGUCUAAUUACAAGAGGCUAAUGUGCAAUCAAACAACUGCUCCAAUUGCAAUUGGCUUCAUUUCU